GAAACAGAGAAGAAAGAGACCUCACCCUUCCUCUCUUUGCGCGUUUUCUCUAAUCUCUCUCUUCUCCCUUCUCUCUCUCUCUUACGGCUGCUGAAACCAUGGCAUUUCUCACCAUCGCCGGGAUCCGUGAUUCUCGAUCGGAGGAUGAAUCGUCAUCAUCUUCGUCUCUCUUCGCGUAAUCUUCAUUCUCCAUUCUCCAAAUCGCCGCCUGAUUGCAACAAAAUCCAAAUCGUUUCUGUAUGAUGGUGAAGAACUAGAGGAAGUAUUUUAGUCUGAGUUUCUGAUUUUGUUUUCGUAAGCUUAGAGGGGGAAGACAAUGUCAACGAAGGGAGAACAUCAUACAGUUCCGCUUUCUGUAUUGCUAAAGCGUGAAUCAGCUAACGAAAAGAUAGACAAUCCUGAACUUAUACACGGCCAGGCUAACCAAAGCAAGAAAGGAGAGGAUUUUACACUUGUUAAGACAGAGUGUCAACGGGUCAUGGGAGAUGGCGUUACUACCUUCUCAGUUUAUGGGCUUUUUGAUGGACACAAUGGUUCUGCAGCAGCUAUCUACACUAAGGAGAACCUUCUGAACAAUGUUUUAGCUGCAAUACCCUCUGAUCUUAACAGAGAUGAGUGGGUUGCGGCACUUCCUAGGGCUUUGGUUGCAGGAUUUGUGAAAACUGAUAAAGAUUUCCAGGAAAGAGCAAGGACGUCUGGAACGACAGUAACUUUUGUCAUAGUAGAAGGAUGGGUGGUGAGUGUUGCAUCUGUUGGUGACUCUCGUUGCAUACUUGAGCCUGCUGAGGGUGGUGUAUAUCAUUUGUCUGCUGAUCAUCGUCUUGAAAUAAACGAAGAAGAGCGAGAUCGAGUCACUGCAAGUGGUGGUGAAGUUGGUCGGUUAAAUACUGGUGGUGGUACUGAGAUUGGUCCUCUUAGAUGUUGGCCUGGUGGUCUGUGUCUCUCAAGAUCCAUUGGAGAUCUGGAUGUUGGCGAAUACAUUGUUCCAGUUCCUUAUGUCAAGCAAGUCAAGUUGUCUUCAGCUGGUGGUCGACUUAUAAUCUCAAGUGAUGGUGUGUGGGAUGCAAUAUCUGCAGAAGAGGCUCUUGAUUGUUGCCGGGGUUUGCCACCUGAAUCUUCCGCAGAGCAUAUUGUUAAAGAAGCUGUGGGGAAAAAAGGUCUUCGCGAUGAUACAACCUGUAUUGUUGUUGAUAUAUUGCCACUAGAAAAACCGGCUGCUUCGGUUCCACCUCCGAAAAAGCAAGGGAAAGGAAUGCUAAAGUCCAUGUUCAAAAGAAAAACAUCUGACUCCUCUUCUAAUAUUGAGAAAGAGUACGCAGAACCUGAUGAAGUUGAAGAACUGUUUGAAGAGGGCUCUGCCAUGCUUUCAGAAAGAUUAGAUACAAAGUACCCGCUUUGCAAUAUGUUUAAGUUGUUCAUGUGUGCUGUGUGUCAAGUAGAAGUGAAACCUGGAGAAGGUGUCUCAAUCCAUGCAGGAUCGGAUAAUUGCCGUAAGCUUCGUCCGUGGGAUGGUCCAUUCCUAUGCGCAAGUUGCCAAGAUAAGAAAGACGCAAUGGAAGGAAAAAGAUCAUCGGGAGAUAGACAUAGUAGUGAGAGCGACUAGCCAGCAAUCUACAAUUUAUUGGCAAAGCAACUAACAAAACAGUAUUGUGAGUAUAUUGGAGCGGUUCGAGG